AUGGGUAGAUUUCUAAGCAGUGAUGAGUGUUGCCAUUUAUAUGCUUUAUCAUAUUGUAGGACGCAGAAGAAAAGAAACUCAAUGGAUACAACCCGCUUAAAAACAGCAGCAAGAAGGGAAUCAUCGGGAUAUACCAGGGAAUCCUCGUCUAAAAAUAGAUACGACGAGAUUACAAUUUAUGACCUGCCUGAUUCGUUGCUCCUGUAUAUAUUUUCCUUUUUGGAACCAGCAAAUGUCUUGACUGUGAUUUCCACUUGCAAAUGGUUUUAUGAAAUAGGAAAUGAUGAAUGUUUGUGGAGGAAUCUUACAUUCAGAGAAUGGGGUCCCGAAUGCACUAAGGCGCCAUUUGUAAAUACAUGGCUUGAAGAGUAUAAGCAUCUUCACUGUCAUGCUCCUGUGAUGUUAUCAGAAGAAUUGUGUGAACAUUCUGAUGAAAUUUUCCAUAUUUCAUUUUCUCAUAAUGGCAAGUUGUUUACUACAACUGGUAAAGACGGUUCAGUGAAGGUAUGGGAAAUUGGUUGCCCAACUAAGCUAAAGUAUACUUACAACCUUACACAAGACGCUGGAUGGAAUUAUACGCGGUAUUCAGCAUUUAAUAAAGAUGAUACUAAUCUACUGGUCUCUGGUUUGAGAUUUCAUUGUGGCUGGGUGGCUUGGUUCUCCUUAGUCGACGGCUUUACUUUGACCUGGACUGACGUCAUGACACCCCAAGGAAUGAGAGGGGCGUGGCUAUCCAACCAUCGUCUGCUGUAUGGUCUUCAAUCAGAAACGGAGGAAGCUGUAGAUCUGUGUGUUGAAUGGGAAGGUGCAAAUGGAAGUCACACUGAAGAUGGAGAGCCCCAACAUAUCCAGGAAAUUAGUUUUGAUGUUACUAUCAGGAUACAGUUUCUGAAUGUUGUGAGAAGGAAACAUAUGAUGGCGAGCGAUUCCCUCUUUAAUUCGGUGAACAAUGAUUACCAUAAUACUAAUGACUCACAAAACAGAAACCAAAUGAACAAUGACUAUUACUUGUCUAAACAAGAGAAUGGCUAUACUCUAGUAUUUGCUACUGGAUACUGUGAUGCUCUCAAUCAAAUCGGGAUAAAGUACAUCUCAAAAUCUAAAUUACGUUCUGUGAUACGUCAAGGCAAUAACGAUAGUAAUAACCGAAGACAAGGGGAGGUGAUUCGAGGACGUCCAUCGAUUAAAAGGAAACAAAAUGCUCAUUGUGAUUAUUUGAUAGAUCUGCAUGGUCAAAUCCUCGGAAUGAGAGUCAGCAUGAAUAGCAGAUAUCUUGUGGUGAAUAUGAGACGAUGGAUAGAGGAGCCAGAUGGAUCAGAUCCUUACGAGAGGCCGGAACUCUCAAAGAACAUGGAAAUACGCUUGGUUGAUCUGUUCUCAUUGAAGGUAGACCAGAUGGUAUAUACUGGACACAAAGCAGUGUCUGAUACAGACAGUUUCUGUUUCUGUUUUGGUGAUGCUAAUAAAGAUUUCGUUGUUUGUGGAAGUGAAAGUUAUCAGGCCUUUAUCUGGGACAGACAUUCUGGAGUUUUAUUAUCAACAUUAGAUCACCUAAUGGCUGGAGUUAGUGCCGCAGCAAUCAACCCUGUAGAUCAAGAGUUUGUAGUCUCGGUUGGUGAUGAUCAAGUCGUACGAGUUUGGCGAUCAAGAGUUAAACAGAAACAAUACUUAAAACAGUGUGCGACACUCGAUAUCGAUGCUGGUGAUAUGGAGUAUAAUAAGCCAAGUGAUCAAGACUAUUCCACCAGAUUGUGA